AUGGUUCAUAAAAAGAAUAAAAAACAUAUUCAAUUCACACCAUCGGCUAAUGAGACCCAGUCCAGAAGCCUUACUGUAACAGAUACAGAAUUACAAAAACUUGUGCGUCAAGGUCUAAUAGUCGAUGAAGUUCACGAAGUAUUAUCAUAUGAUCGAAAAAGUAUGCAUUGGGUUGAUAACUUUAUUAAUCUUUCGAUUAAGCUCGAAAACCAAUGUGAUGAUCCAAGAGAAAAAGCAUAUCACGCCUUAAUGAGAGAACUCUUUAGCAUGAAGCUAAGUCAUGGAUCAGUUGCGACAUUACGUCAAGUGGCAAUUACGGAAGGAGUGGUAGAUUUGCUUAAUGAUGCCGAAAAUAAAGCUUCAACUAGUUUAAACUCUUCUUCUGAAGUGAGGAAUUAUACUUUUGAUGAGAUGUGUUUCUCGGUAGCAGUAGAUAUUCGUAGUCUUGGAGGAAAUAUUAAGAUCUCAACAGUGAAAAGUUUUUAUAAUGGUGUUAGUGGUAGUAAAGUUAGCACCGUUAAUCAGAUAAAUGCAUGA